GGCGUGGCGAUAGGCGGCCGGUAGGGGGCGGGGCGAGGCGCGCCGGCCGGUGUCGGGGUUAGUGAGCGGCGGUGACGGUGACGGUGCCACCAUGUCAUCCGGUCAGGAAUCCGUUUUCUCCGAGUAUGAGACCGACACCAGUCAGACAUCGAAGCUGUUAAGAAAAUUUAAAGAGACGCCAUUUGUACCCAUCGGGAUGGCUGGCUUCGUCAUGGUGGUUGGCUAUGGGCUGUACAGACUGAAGCACAGGGGCAACAUGAAAAUGUCACUUCACCUGAUUCACAUGCGUGUGGCAGCCCAGGGCUUCGUCGUGGGAGCGAUAACGUGUGGUGUGAUGUAUUCCAUGUUUCGGGAGUAUGUGCUGAAGCCCAAGGAGUAAUGGGAAGCUGACUGAAAUCUCUGUCCUGGUGGUGGCCUGUGUACUGUACCUACAAACCUCUUAUCGAGAGGUUCUUGAGGAAAAAAAACCCACCACAAUAUUAGAGAAUUGCCCUAUAUCUAUUUUGUGUAUGGUACAGUCUUUAAGCUGGCAGCCUAAAUGAUUGUGCACUGCAGGUGUGGCUAUCAGGGUCUGGUUCUUUCUGAUUGACACUACCAUAUCCCAGUUUUUAGGGGAUAUAGUAGAGUACGAUCCCUUUAUCUUCCCCUUGACUGUCAACUCAGUCCUAAAAUUAGUGAUUCCUUUUUGCUGCCAUUGCCC